GUCUCCAGAUUAUUCAGCAGCGAUGGCUAGACCUGGAGGUGUGAUGCCCGUAUUUCCCGGUACAGCUGAACAACAAUUUCCAAAUAAUCGUCCGCCAACGAUAAAUCAACCACUGCGAACAACAAAUAACACGAGUUCACGACCUGGCUCUGUCUCGAAAGCAACAAACACUGGUGAACCUACGACAAAGGCUUUUGCGUGUACAGUUUGUGGUAAAGGUCUGGCACGCAAAGAUAAACUCGUGAUACACAUGCGUAUACACACUGGGGAAAAGCCCUAUUCGUGUGAAGUAUGUGGAAAGGCAUUUGCACGGAGGGACAAGUUAGUCAUUCACAUGAAUAAACUUCGGCAUAGACCUGGUGUGACGCCACUCUCGACACCCUCAGCACCUAGUAAUGAUCAGGCUAAUCAGCAGCAGCAGCAACAGUCGCAACCACCGCAGCCACCUCAGCAACCGAGACAAGAGGUUCAUCAUAAAUUGAAGGAGGAACCUGUUAGUUGGACGUGUGAACUAUGCGGCCGGGUGCUCCUUACGAGAGAGGAAUGGGCACUUCAUGCUAAAUCUCACUUGGUGGAAUCUCCAGGACCUCCUCAGCACGCGGCAGCCUAUUUUCCUGGCUCCGUACCUCCACCUCAGCCGUAUGCAUCAGAACGACACUUCUGUCUAAUGUGUCGCACCGACUUCACUGACAAAGCUGAAUUCAUGUUCCACGUACGUUCUCACUUCGAUGUACCUCAGAGCCAACAAGGACCCCAACACUCAAAGCAAGAUCCAGCGACAGCUGAAUUAAUUGCUCGAGGUCUGGUGGAUCCCUCCGGCCUGUGCAGCUAGAAUUUUCCCUACUAUCAUCAUCUGCCAUCGAUUCGUGUCUUACCAUAAUACAAGUAGAUUGUAUUUUCUAUUCGAGAUGAUGAAUAUUAAACACGACCGUUUAAUCUCGCGUUGCAACAGGACGCACAUUGUGAUCGAUUUCAAGACAAUGACUUACGGGUAAUUGGAUACACAGUGCUGGCACCAAGUUCACUCAGGGAAAUUUCAGUUGUAUUCUUCAAUUUCGAUCUCUAUCCUCUUAUUAGAAAACCAAUGUGAACAUGAUAGUGUCGCGUGUGUUGAGGAAAAUUGUUGUACAGACCAGUCAUGAGCAAAUUUUAUUUUACUCCUAAUUCUAUUUCUAAGUACAAAGUACUAUUGGACUUGGUACUUAAAAAUUAUCAUGUCCCAAAUCCUGGAGGGACUUACAGAUUUUUAUUUUUAUAAGUCUCAGUUUGACUAGUCCUUGGUAAUUGGAAAAAAUCCCCAGGUAUUAAAUACUUCUGGGCUUUGGACUUUGGAUUUUUCAAGCAAUAGAUCCGAAAAAAUUUAGGACUCAUUCGUUCGAAAUUUAAUUGUUAUAAUUCGCAAUGAAUAAGAUUGAAAAACUAAUGAGCACAUUACAUUCAAAAUUAAAUUCAGAAUCAUAAAUACAUCAUUUUUAAAUACAUAAAAUAUUAAAGUAUCAUUACAAAUCUGAAAGUUUACUAUUCCGUCACUUUCCAAUUCUAAGAACGGACGGACCUGCUAUUAAAAAAAAUAAAUUCUCGAGUUCUACUAAAAUUAAGCCUUGACAAAACUAGUGUUCUAGAUUACUCGGGGACUUGACAUUUGAAGAAGUUUAAAUUGUCAAGUCUUUCAAGACUCAAUUCAUUUCCAAAAAAGUGAAAAGGGUAACAGAGAAUUCAUCGUUUCAUUGGAAGUUAAAACCCAAAUAGAUUUAGGAGUGGCAAUUACUGGUACAGACCUUUUUUCGAAUUCAGCUUCGACUUUGCAGAAUAAGGUAUAACCAAUUUCCGGGAAAAUACGUGUAUCCCCUUGUUAUAUGCCCUUACAAUAUCUUGUUACAUUCUUAUUAUAUCCCCACGGGACCUAUUGCACACUCCGUGCGCCGAAUUUGAAUUUAGCGGUUCGAGUUGACCAAUG